AUGCGGAGCUAUCGUCUCGGCACGCGCCAGCAGGGUCGCUUGGAUAGCCAGCCUCGACAACAGGCAUCGUUGGCUGCAUAUGAUGCAGAAAGUGGUCAAAUGUUCACAGAGCAUUCCGUGCAGGUUCGAUCAAGGCAGCAUUCAGACUGGAUCGGUGAGCUAAGAACUCCGUCUCUUGCAAAGAAAGCUGGGACACCGGAACAGAUUGGCGCUCGAUCUCUUGUUGAUGCGGCUGUUAUCAUGGUGGCAGAGAAGCUCUUUCGAGAUCUGGGAGAGGAACACUUUUUCAAUGUGCCGUGGAAUCUGGCCGAGAGGGUCUGGCAACAUGUCCUAGCAACACAUCGAGAAAGCUUUCAUACUUGGAGAGUCUUAGCAAGCACGUAUGCAGAGCAGAUGUCCGCGAAGCAUCACAGGUAUCACAUCGAAAUACGCCAGCCUUCGCUGAGCCUUCCAGAUUAUUUCUCCGGGCUCACGUCACGAAAUUGGUUGGCUUGCCUCCGCCUGUCGCCCAAGGAGACGCGUACAGCCGACUUGAUCAAUAUCUGCGAGAUCACCAACCUCGCAGUGCUAGAUCUAUCCAAUGGCCAGGUCAGCUUCGGCCCUGACAAUGUCAAAUCGCCUUUCGAUGAACGUAUACUCAGAUCUUGGGCAGAACUUGCCGCCACAGGUCAAGCUUUUGUGCGUCUGGAGGCUCUCAUGCUUGGCUGGGAGCAAUUGGGUCUGUGGCUCUUCCAGUACCUGCCAUGUUUCCCAGCCUUGACGAAACUUGUGAUCACAGACAGCUCCUAUCUCCACCAGAAGAAUCGGAAGUCAUGGGAGCCUGUCGCUCUGAACUACGGCUGGGAGGCUCGGCAUGCAAAGAGGAGUGCUAAGUCGCUCCGACCAGUAUUCGAUGAGCCGGCCUUCCACAGAUUUGCGGUUUCGGGAAUCUUGUCUCAGUACAGUGACGCCGAGGAUCUGCCUCGAAACGAACAGAAGACGAGCGAUUUGCCUGUGGUCGAAGCCUGUUUGGGCAUGCCGAAGAAGUGGGCUCACAUUUUGGACGAUUUUCCCGGGUCAAGGACAAUAUACCUCGAGCGGGUGAAGGUGGUCGACAAAUCACGAUGUCCUCUAAGCUCAUCGGGAAGUGAUUCUAGCAAGCGAAGUCUACAUCCGGAACGCUCGCCUGGGUCUUCUUCUCUUUCCGACAAGCGGGUGCCGAGACAAGCUUCAAAAGCACGCCAGAGAGCCAUUGACUUUGCAGAAAUUCUUGGAUAG